AUUUUCCUCCAUUGUGUUCGACCUUCGGCGUCCUUCUCCCUCUAACAAAGUAACGACGACCACCACCAUCCGCCGCCUCCAGGAAACGCCGUCGCUUACGAGAAGCAUCGGAGAUCCCUUUCAACAUUUGAUUCAUUUACACGCUAUUCUAUGCACCAGAUCAGAUUUAUACUUUCCGCCGUGCUCACUUCAUUUAUCGAAUUCAAGCUGUUUUAUAAUUUCCAGAGGACUUCCCAGUAAAUUAUCGCAUAGCUGCUGCAUUCGGUAUAUAAUUUGCCGAGGUAAAGCGGAUUUUUUCGCUUGCUAUGAAGGUUUCCUGCUCAAUCAUAUGUUCUCAGACUUUACAGUAGACGUUUAAUUCAGAUGAGUGACCAGAGUUGGAAUAUAGAUUUGUAGGAGGAUUAGGGUUUUUGCCUUUCUAGAGAUGGUUUUUGGGAUUUACAAAGUUUAUAUUGAAAGACUAGUGAACUUUAGCUGGUGAUUCAAUUGAAAUUAAGGCGCUUCUUGUAGCAGCAAGACAAGGAUUGUUUAGAUUUACCGAUAGUUGACUUGGGGUUGAUGAUGGUAGAUUGACGAUGGUGAGGCUUUUAGGGCUGACUCGUGGAUUCGCUGAUGAACCCAGGGAAAUCACCUCGAGGGUCAACUUGACUAGUGAAUCUAGUGAAAAUGGGUGGCUCAUCAGGUUUUUUGACUCAGCAUUCUUCUGCGAAUGGAUUGCUGUUAGCUACUUGUACAAGCAUGAUCAUUCCGGUGUACGGGACUAUCUCUGUAAUCGAAUGUAUACCCUUCCCUUACAGGGACUUGAAAGUUAUUUGUUCCAAAUAUGUUACAUGAUGAUACACAAACCAAGCCCAUCUUUGGACAAAUUUGUCAUAGAUGUGUGCUCAAAGUCACUCAAGAUUGCUUUGAAGGUGCAUUGGUUUUUAUUAGCGGAGCUUGAGGACUCUGACGACAAUGAAGGGAUUGGUAGGAUUCAGGAAAAGUGCCAGACAGCAGCUACAUUGAUGGGUGAGUGGCCACCUCUCAUACGACCUCAAACUGAACCCCCAAGCCCUGGAGGCAAGAACAUUGUUUUGAACAAGUUGCUGUCAUCAAAACAGCGUCUGUUUUCUCUAACAUCUUCACCACCAACAGAGAAGCCUGUAUCAUCCUCACCUUCUCCAGGGAACACUUUGCAAGAGGAUGGUAGUCCAAUGUCUCCUGAUGAGAACAACAUAUUUAAGAAACUCAUGCCAGGCCCAAAGGUUAGAGAUGCUUUGCUUUUUAGGAAGUCAGCAGAGAAGGAUGAUGAUGAAUCUGAAAAGGAUGGAUUUUUCAAGAGGUUUCUAAGAGAUAGCAAGGGUGAUGAUGAGCUGGGCCCUAAAAUUCGAGAUGCAUUCCUCUUUCGUAAGUCAUUAGAUAGAGAUGAAGAAGAAUCUGAAAAGGAGGGUUUCUUUAAAUGGCUCUUAAGGGACAGUAGGGACGGUAAAGGUGAUGAUGGAGAAUCAGAAAAGGACAGUUUCUUUAGAAGGCUCUUAAAGGACAGUAAAGGUGAGGAUGAAGAAUUAACAUCAAGCUCAGAUGGAUUUUUUAAGAGAUUGUUCCGUGAUAGCAAGAAUGAAUCUGAGGAUAAAACACACACUAAGACAGUGGGAGAUGAAGAAAAAGAGGGAUUUUUUCGUAAGUUUUUCAGGGAGAAAUUUGACGACAAGAGGGAUGGGAGUGAUAGGAACAAUGAGAGAGAUAUUCCUCUCCGUGAAGAGAAAUGUGCAAAACAUGCUGAAGAGGAUGAAAAGGAAGGGUUUUUUCGUAAAAUAUUUAAGGAUAAAUUUGAAGACAAGAAAGAUACAGAUGAUAAAAUCGUAGAGGGUACUUCCAAUGGCGAGGAAGAAGAGCUUUUUGAGUUUUCGUUGUUCAAAAAACUAUUUCGUGUGCAUCCUGAAGAUGGUAAAAGUAGUUCAGCCAAUGAAAACAAUAGCACUGGUGGUUUAAUUGAAAGUAGCCCAGGUACAGAGAAUUUUUUUCGCAAAUUGUUCAGAGAUCGUGACCGUUCAGUUGAGGAUUCAGAGUUAUUGGGGUCAAAGAAGCACAAAGAGCAUCCUGGCUCACCAAAGCAACAGAGUGAAAAAUCAAAUGCAAAGCCACCACUUCCAAACAAUAUGUUGCAGUUCCGCAAAGGGGCCUACCAUGAGUCAUUGGACUUUGUGCUGACAUUAUGUGAGACAUCAUUUGGGUUAGUGGAUGUAUUUCCGACUGAGGAUCGCAAAAGUGCCCUUCGUGAGUCGCUUGCAGAGAUCAAUAUGCAUAUAACGGAGUCUCAAAAUUCUGGAGGAAUUUGUUUUCCAUUGGGAAAGGGUAUGUACCGUGUACUUCAUAUACCUGAAGAUGAAGCUGUUCUCUUAAAUUCUAGGGAGAAGGCACCUUACUUGAUCUGUGUUGAAGUUUUGAAAUGUGAAAUGCCCAGCAAUUUCAAGGAGACAUCUAGUUCUCAGAAGCUUUCUAAAGGUGGAAUUCCUUUGGCAAAUGGAGAUGCCCUCUUGCAAAAACCACCCCCCUGGGCUUAUCCAUUAUGGACUGCACAAGAGGUGUAUCGCAAUAGCAGUGAUAGGAUGUCCAGAUCAACUGCUGAAGCAAUAGACCAGGCAAUGUCCCAUGUAUCUGAGGCUAGAGUCAAAUUUGUUACUGUAAAUCUUUCUGUGGAAACACAAUUACACAGUCAACAAGAUAAGACAGAAGUGGCUGGUGUGCAUGGAAGUCGACAUCAUACUUCAAAUUAUAGAGGUGGUGUAAGAGAAGUAUCAAGAACUAGACAUGAUAGUGAUUUGGAGUGGGUGUGUGUAGUGUUGACAGCUGAUCCUGGGGUUAGAAUGGAAGAUAUUGAUGAUCAAACACCAAGGCGGCGGAAGGAACAUCGCCGUGUACCAAGUAUGGUGGCAAUAGAGGAAGUGAAGGCUGCAGCAGCAAAAGGGGAAGCACCUCUUGGACUUCCGUUGAAAGGUGCUGGUCAAGACUCAUCAGAUGCUCAACCAAGGGCUAAUGGAAAUACUCCAAAGGCGAGUGAUGCCUUGUCUGGUGAACUUUGGGAAGCUAAGAAAGAGAGAAUACGGCGGGCUUCAAUAUAUGGAAAUUUACCUGGCUGGGACUUGCGAUCUGUUAUUGUAAAGAGUGGCGAUGAUUGCAGGCAGGAGCAUCUGGCAGUUCAACUUAUUUCUCACUUCUAUGACAUAUUUCAAGAAGCUGGUCUACCCCUCUGGUUGCGCCCUUACGAAGUUUUAUGUACUUCUUCUUACACAGCUCUUAUCGAAACAAUUCCAGAUACGGCUUCUUUGCAUUCUAUCAAAAGUAGAUAUCCGCACAUCUCAAGUUUACGGGAAUUCUUCAUUGCCAAGUAUCAAGAAAAUUCUCCAAGUUUUAAACUUGCCCAGAGGAAUUUCGUUGAGAGUAUGGCCGGAUAUUCCCUAGUGUGCUACUUUCUGCAGGUGAAGGACAGACAUAAUGGGAACCUCCUAAUGGAUGAAGAAGGUCAUAUCAUACACAUUGAUUUUGGCUUUAUGCUUUCCAACUCCCCUGGUGGUGUUAACUUUGAGAGUGCCCCUUUUAAAUUAACGCGUGAACUUCUUGAGGUCAUGGAUUCUGAUGCCGAGGGUGUUCCAAGUGAGUUCUUUGAUUAUUUCAAGGUUUUAUGCAUUCAAGGAUUCCUUACUUGUCGCAAGCAUGCUGAGCGCAUUAUUCUUCUAGUGGAGAUGUUGCAGGACUCAGGAUUUCCGUGCUUUAAAGGUGGCUUGCGAACAAUACAGAACCUUCGAAAGCGCUUUCAUCUGAAUUUAACAGAAGAGCAAUGUGUUUCAUUGGUGCUUUCACUUAUUAGCAGCAGCCUGGAUGCCUGGCGGACAAGGCAAUAUGACUAUUACCAGAGGGUUUUAAAUGGAAUAUUGUGAAGUGAUACCCAGUGACCACUAGCUUAUAACACAUUUGACUAACCAUGCGCGGUGAUUGCACAUCCAGUAGGAUUGCAUUGCAUUCAAAAAGUCGCCAGACGGUGAUUGGUUCUCUGUGGAGCGGCUUUGGAGUUUUGUUGAAGAUACAAAUUAAUAGGCGGCAACUUGCAGCCUCUUCCCCAGCUGCAAUGAAGUUUUUAAACAGUUGAGCAUUGGCAUAACACUUGAGCAGUCUGCUAGGCGAGAUUUACUGGAGCAUGGUCUUCAAAAUAUUUGUUUUACUCGUUUCAUGUGAUAUGAAACUGUGUUGCUUUCAGAAGUUGCAUUAGCCUCCUAAAUGCUAAGAAAUAGUGCACCCUGUACAGUGAUUUUAGAGGAAGCACAGACCACCUGAAAAUUGGCUGUUGAGAGAGUUGCUGGGCAGUCCAAAGUGUGAUCGAUUUAUCAACAAUCUUGGGGUGGUGUUCAACUGGUGUGCAUAUAUAUUACCCACCUGCUGCUACAUUUGGACGGACCUCAUGUAACUUUUUUACUCAUCUCAGCUGUUUGACGGAGUCUGUCUUCCAGAGUUUGAUUAUACUUACAAUGGAAAGUUGUGAGCAUAAUUCUUUUAUGAUGUUUGAUUGUACCGUGUGCAAUUGGUGGUCCUUCCUGUCUAAUUUCACGGUGAAAUAAUAUUCCCUAGAUUGAUAUCAAUGAUCAAGAAUUUUGCGAA